CGAGGCGGAGGUAUCGGAAAAUUAUAUUAUUUAUACAUAAAUAUUUUCUUUCUUUCUCACUCUCAAACACACAAUAUGAUUUUCACGCAGCUGAGUUUAGACGAUUUUUCGGGUAUAACAUUCAAAAGCAAUAUGCAUCCUAUUGAUUAUAUUCUUUUUGUAUCUGAAGUUUCUUGCUUGAAAUCUAAAUAUAGUGAAGAAGAUAACUUAAUCGCGGAGCAAGAUAAAGAAUUUCGUUAUAAGAAAGAAGAAAGGAAUGUUCGGAAUAUACAGUCCAUCUUAUCAUCAUACCAACAAGUUCGUGAACAAAAACAUCCAGUUCUUGAUUGCUUCGUCCCAAAGAGGAAACUAUCAAAGCCAAACAGGCAGCCAAGAAAGUUUACGUGUGAACCGAUGAUCAACAAAGCUAUGGAAAAUGAUUCCAAAGAAGAGAGAAUAAUAACGGUUGAUGAUGAAGGAAAAAACAGAGUGAGAAAGAGGAGGAAAAUUAAUGAUAGAACUGAAGCUGUUCAAUUGAAUAUUGAAUUCAAGAAUCAGAUUACAUUCAUAGGGGGUACAGUUGAAUCAGCUAAAUUGGUUAUUGAAAAAAUACUAUUCGAUACGGAUGUUAAUUCAGCAGAAGGAAGGCUUUCAAUCCCACAAAACCAGAUGAGUAAUAAGUUUCUAAAUACUGGAGAAGAACAACUUUUGAAUACGCGCAAUGGAGCUAAAAUGUCUGAGAUGAAUGUGUCGUUGAUUGAGCCUUCGCGUCAAGUAAGUCAAAUCAAUCUGAGAAAAUGGACUAUGAACAAAAAUAAUGGAAAGACAAGUUCAAGUUAUGUUUUAGUAAAAUACUGGAAUGAUGUGAGAAAAAGGAACGGUUUGAAAAGCGGUAUGAAGAUGCAAUUGUGGGCAUUCCGAAAGGAUGAAAAUUUAUGUUUUGCAUUGGUCAAAGUUUAAGUUACUUCGUAAUAGUUGGUUGAUGUCGUUGUUCUUGUUGUCGUUACAGUAGUUGACAUUAUAAUAUUAACAUGUUGUUUCCAAAAGCCUCAUGUCUACAUGUCUACAUGAGACUUCUUCUGGAUCUUCGAUUAUACAAUUAGAUUUUGACAAGCUUAGCUAGAUUUGAGUGAUCAAUGCUCUGAGAAUAAAGGGUGAUGUUGAACUACAUCAGUCGCGAUUGUUUCAGUCAAUACACAAAAUACUUUUUUUUGGAUUGUAGGCAGCUCCAUGUAGUGCUGGUUUUUAGAUUUAACAGACAUAUAUAUAAAAUAGUAGCUUUAAAACUCUCCUCAGUAAACUUUCCUUUGAGUUGUCAAUGUUUUUUGUAACAAAUUUGCA